AUGUCCCAUCCGCGCUUGGCUUGGCCGCUUUUGUUCAGCAUAGCUUCCGCUCUCUUUGGUUCUUUGAGCUGGACAUGGGAGGACUGGGUGAGGGUGCGGGCACGACCGCCGCUUUCCGAACAUGACGUGCGCUGCAUGUUUGGACUCCGGUCGGCAGAUUUGGUGGCGAAGCUGCAGCCGGAUCCUAUGCACCCCUGGGAGAAGGCGCCGCCGCCGCUGGCCAUGAAGGUCCCGCUGCAGCAGCUGCGGAGCGCAGCGCAGGAGGCGGACACCCAUCCUUUCAAUGGCCGGGUCUUGUCGCGCUACUGCGGCGCUGCCCUUUUGAUGUCUAUGGCAGCAGCAGGGGUGCUUCUUGCAGGCACCUGCCCGUUGUCCUUCAGGUUGGAGAACGUGGCGGCCGCGCUCUUGUCCAGCAAUGCGGCGCUGUGCUUCCUGACCUCCAUGGCGCUGUCAAGUUGGUGCGGAAUGCGCAUGAGGCCGUGGGUCUCUGAGCUUCUGUACAACCUGACGGGUGGUGAAGCUGCCAUAGCGCCGCAUUACCUGGAGAUCCUGCCGGGCCCUGGUGCCAUUUGCUUUGCCCUGGCUGGCACCAGCGGCUUUCUCGGCGCGCUGAUGCUGGGAGUCCAGGAGGAGAAUGGCAGAACGCCCACCCGUGAGUCAGAGGCCUCGCCGAAGCUUCGAUCUCCGAAGAUCAGGAAGGACGGCCUUGUUCAAUUGGUUGCCCGCAGCAGACGGGAACUUGUCCGUGAACAGCAACGAUGGGCGGAUACGCUGUUGAUGGGCUGCGCAGCUUGCUUCGCAGUGCUCCUCUUGGCCAGCUUGUGGGUGGUGGGUCAGAAGACGGUGGAUCUUGGGGCCGGGAGCUUUGACUCCUUGGGAUCGGGCGCUGCCUUUCAGACUUUCACGAAUCAUCCACAGUGCUGGAGGAGUGCCGCCAUCGCAGUUUUCGAAAGGUUCUUUGUGAAGGCCUUCGUGCCUGACACGAGUACCAUCUUUGUGGACGUAGGCCUCAGCUUCCGACUUGAGAUGCCCUUGGCGGAAGCUGCGGAGUUCCUCAAGGAUAAGGAGCAGCACUUGAUGAAGGGCCUGGAAUUGAAGAGCAAGCGGAUCGCCAGAGUCAAGGCUGACAUCCACGAGGCUUUGCACUUGCUGGACCUGAUGCUGCAACUGAACGACCCAAGCAGGAUUGGACCAACCACGUAG